AUGUGCCAGUACAUGUACGUCAUCUACCGCUGCGCACAUACCGAGCUGCUGGCCGGGCCCAACUGCACCUUCCUGCUCAAGCAGUUUUCCCGCAUCCACCAACCCGAGGCCUGGACCCCCGAGGGCCAACAGACCCUCCCUUUCGAAUGGCCGAACGCAUGCCUGCCUGGCGACCACAACACAAUCCCCGUGCCUUCCGACAAGUGGUGCGGCUGGGAGUGCCAGAACACGUUUGCCCCGGCGCAGCCUACGAGUAACGGGAUCACCUCCUUCGGUGGCCAAGUUUCGCCCGUAACCAACAGCGCGGUCGUGGCAACACAGGCCGGCUGGCAAGGAAAUAAGUACCAGAGCGCGUAUCAUGAGUACAAGCCUCCUAGCUACCACGCUAACGAUAACGGCUAUAUGAACCAGUAUGAUGGCGCGAGUGAUGUCCCAGGUUCUUAUGCCUUUGGUGCCUAUCCGGCUGUCGGAGCCAUGGAUAAGUCCAGCGCGGCGCCUAUGGAAUUAGGAGCCACUCGUAUGACCACGGGCGGUGCAAUGACAGACACGGAUCCUAUCUUGCCAAGUAUGGAGACAGGAACGAACAUGAUGGGGGCAACGGGAACAUUAGGGAUGUUGGGAGCGCAGUACGGAGUACCCCGAAUAGGGGUAGGUUGGAGAGAUGAAAAGGAUGAAGUGAAGAUCAUUGGAGACUGGUGGAAGGAUGGAGAUGUUUUUAACUAG